UUAUUAAAGUUACUAGAAGUUCAUUUCCGGAGGAAGGGCAUUUCCGGUCAGAGUUAUAAAACAAAAAAAAACUUAUAUACAGUUCUGUUGCAUGUCGCCGCACCUGCCCCAUUCGGAAAUACCCCAACAAGCUGAAAUCAUAACAUAUCAAAUCAUCAUCAUCAGUUAUACUAAAGGUUUACAAUUCCUUUCCUUUUUACAAGUCUAAACUGUACAGUAUAAACUCAGUUAGUUAGUCAUAUCAUAAAUAAAUCAUGACAUUGUUUCAGAAUUUCAAUACACAUUCAUUAAGAUCUACAAGAGGAUUUAAAUUAAAACAAUCAUCACCAAUUUCUAGUCCUCAGCCCGUAUCUAAUUCUACAUUCUUACCUUCAACACCUUAUCAACAACCAGUAUAUCAAACAGUUAAUUUAAAUGGUGGAGUUCCUGCUCAAUCUGUAUCAUCUCAUAAAGAUAUAAGAAAUUAUGCUGAACAAACUUUAGGAUCAGAUAAUGCAUUAAUUCAAGCGGUUAAAUUACCUCAAGAUGAAGAUAUAAAUGAAUGGUUAGCAAUUCAUGUAGUUGAUUUUUAUAAUCAAAUUAAUAUGUUAUAUGGAGCUAUAACUGAAUUUUGUUCUCCAUUAACUUGUCCAAAAAUGAUGGCAACUGAUGAAUAUGAAUAUUUAUGGCAAGAAACUUCAACUAUUAGUAAUGGAUCAAAUUCAAUACCUCCUAAAAAGCCAGUAUCUUUACCAGCUUGUGAUUAUAUUGAAAAUUUAAUGAAUUGGGUACAAUCAUUUCUUGAUAAUGAUAAUAUAUUUCCUUCAAAAAUUGGAGCUCCAUUCCCUCAACAAUUUCCAAAUUUAGUUAAAACAAUAUUUAAAAGAUUAUUUAGAAUUUAUGCUCAUAUUUAUUGUCAUCAUUUUCAUGAAGUAACUGAAUUAGGUUUACAAAGUCAUCUUAAUACUAGUUUAAAACAUUAUGUUUUAUUUGCUAAUGAAUUUCAAUUAAUAAGUCGAAAAGAUUAUGGACCUCUUGAAGAUUUAGUGGAUACAAUGUUAAAGAAUUGAUUUCAAUUAUAUUAUAUAGAC